GCCAUUUUGUUGUAAGUGAGAUAGAGACGGAGGAGAGAGAGAAGAGGGGAGCAAACAUCUCUGUUAGUUCUAAGUCGUCGAGGUUAUUUCCACGUUGUGAAAAUAACGUCUUCACUUGGAGCUACAGUAUAAACAGCCAGCCUGUAUUAAACGACGGGCUUUCGCCAUCAAAACCCCGAGGAAGUCGAUCAGCGGCUUCCCAGUGCGCCGUGUGCCGGGGUGAACUGAUGUUCAACUCGGCUUCACGACAAAACAUCACUCGCUGGCACAUGAAAACCUCGGACACUGUGGGCCUAAAGCGUGCAGUGAGAAGUAGAUCAACUACUUCGAGGACCUGGAGCCCUAUUGGGGAGGAGAAAUUAAGAAAUAAAGACAUCUACGCAUUCAUCUUCAACACAAAGAGGUGACAUCCAGUGUGAGCAGUAUGGGAGGUGGUGAAAGAUACAACAUUCCAGCAUCCCACCCUGAUCACUCUUUGUCCAAAAAGAACCAACAGGUUGGCAGGGCCAAGCAAAGGAGCCGUAACCAAAAUGGAGGAGUGCUUGCAGCAUCCUCUGGAGCCCCGGCAGGGCCCCUCCUCCACAGCCAUCGCAGGAGCGACAAGGGUAGCGGUUAUUCGUGGUCUCCUGAGGCGCGGCAGGCCGUGUCCGCGGAGAAGAAGAAGAAUGGGUCAGUUCGUUUCGCCACACCGUACGACCAAAAUUGGGAGGGAGCCGUAUCACAUCUGAACAACCUCUUGGCAGCUCAGUGUGGCCACAGUUAUGCAGGAGCCAAGUUCAGUGACCCCCCAUCCCCUAGCGUUCUGCCCAAACCUCCCAGCCACUGGGUGUCUCUACCCAUGGUCCCUUGCGAUCGCCGUGAGAUGAUGGCCUUUCAGUUAAAGAGCCUUCUUAAGGUUCAAGCGUGAGAACGAACCUCACUGAUCUCUCAAAGCCAGUGAUGGAAGGCUCCACUUUGACCUGUUACCCUCCUGGAACGCUGCAGAGCUGCAAUACAUUUUUUUUUAAAGCGGUUUCGAAUUUAUUUUAUAGUGACCAUUUUACAGAUUUUUCAUUUUUAAUUGUGAGCUGCUUUCCUAGACCUAGAUUAAGGCAGAAUCCUGGAGUUUUCAUUGAUAUGAAAUUUCAGCUGAAGACUAGACUUAAUCUUUCUCUAAGAAGCUGACUAUGAACUGGUUCCUGUCGCCAGGUUAAGCCUAAAUCUGGACUAAAGGCUUUUUAGUGGUGAAUCACCAUUUGUAUGCGGCUUUAGUCCAAGAUUAGGCUUAGUUCUUGUCCAGAGACCAGCUCUUAUCUUUUUAUCCUCAAAGGUGUACAGCUGUUGCAGCCUUGCAGGUGGGAGAGCUCUGGUGGAGUCGUAUGCCUUGGAGGAUUGAUGAACUGGAUUUCCUUCUCGUUUAUGUUGCCGAUAUGUUUUGUUUUUUUUAUUAUGGCCGUUAAUGACUAUGCGGUUACACAUCGCUAGUUUGACUAUGCUUUGGUCUCUGAACAGUUUAUUUUCCAAAUAGAGGCUUCUUGUGAGACCUUAGCAUGAGGUUUUAAUCAUGUCGAGGUUAUGCAGAAGCCUCUUGGUGCUAAAGCACAUCAGAAUUUGUAGCAUACUGAUCGUUAGAUUAGAGAAUGCCACAUCUCUAUUGUUAGUGUCGUUUCUGUUUUGGGGGGAAGAAUAUGCUGCUUGACCUUGUUCUGAAGAUACCAGAGCAACUGAAUGUGGAAGAACAAGCUGUUGUAUGUAGAUGAUUUAAAGACAGACUGAUGGGUUUAACUGUGGCACACAGACCUUGUACUUUCAACUCCUGUACUUUUUUUAAAAUUGCGCUGUGCGCACUGCACUAUGGGUGUUGAAAUUUCAACAUGGUUUGUAAGUUCCACUGUAGCAUAAGCCCUGUUGCGUUAGGUUAUCAAUCAUAAGUGUUUGUUUACUAGAGCAGUGUAGGUUUUUUUUUUUGUUUUUUUUCCCCCUUCCUUAUCGCAUGGUCACAAGUGCCAUAUAUGCCAUAGCAGGUAAAGCAUUAUGCUUAUUUCUUGGGAAAUUAUUUGUAUACAAUCAGUGAUGUUUAUUUUAAUAAGCUGUCUGAGCUUGACACGUCCCUACACAACACCAAUAUGGCAAACUAUGCGGAGGAGGUCCAAGCUGCGGGAUGCAGGAAUGUUGCUAUUGUUUUUCCCUGGUCUUGCUUCAUGGCCUUGUUCGCCAUGUGCUGUGUUGUGAGGUGAUGUUUUGUAGCACUGUUGGACACAAGUGUGAAAGUGUUUACAUUCUCCAAAAAAGGUUUUAACCUGAAGCCUGCCAAAAUCAUAAAAAUUCUUCCCUUUCAUACUUGAUGUCCACAUUGCACUGUUGUUAAAUGGUGUUCAGAAGUUGCAGACUGUGUUCUUCCUAUGGCCGGUAUGUAAUGUAACGCUCCCCGUGUUAUUUCUGCUUGUAAGCGUGUUAAACAGCGUGUGGAAGUGUUGGUACCUCUCUUGCGCAAGAGUAUUAACGGCCAUCUGAAAGAUGACAAAACAAAGCUGAAGACUUGGAUAUGUAAUGGAGCCAUGUAAAUAAUGAAAUGUAUAAAAUAUUGUAGCAUAUUGUACAUUGUGCAGGGUUGUUUUAAACCUGCUGAUAAAGAAUUUUUAGUAAUAACACUGAAUGUAAGUCAUGCUGAAGACGUGGCUUGAUAUUAAAAUGCUGAAAAUAUUAUUUUUGUUUAAAAAAAAAAGAAAAUAUUUGCCUAUAGCACAUGGAAACCCCUGCACUGUGCGACUUCUGCCAGUGAUCUUGCACAUAAUGCUUUUAUUUUUUAUAAUGCACAGUACAGAGGGAGAAAACCAGCUUUAAGUGCAAAUUAAAAAAAAGACAACAAAAUUAAAUUUAAAAUUUUAAAGUGACUUUACACCGCCACACAAUCUUAUUUCAAAUGGACUAUAUGUUAGGCACUUUUAUAUUAGUAAAAUUUUCACCACUUUUCCCCACCCUCUCUUUCUUUCCUCUGAAUUUUAAUUCUCCCAUCUGUUCACUGUUUUUCACUACAUUUCAACGUUUUUCAUUUUUACCUCUCGCCAGGCAGCAGCUGUUUUGUAUCCAAAUCUCAGUCUUUCCUCCGCAGACUGAUUGUUUUAGAUACAAGAUGCUGUACAUUUCCAAUUUAAUUUCUGUUCCUUGCACCAGUAUUUUUCUGAUUUGUGUGCGUGUUAAAGUCUCUCCAAUGAAUUGGUUUUUGAAUUUGUCCCAACCUCAAGUGUCACUGUGAAAAAGAAACUAUUUGCCCAUUUUAUUGUAAUUGAUUUGUACUAAAGUUUUAUUGGCAGCACUGUGUAAUUUGGCCUAAAAAAAAAUCUAAUAAAUUCCCUUCCUUUCCCCCCUAAAA